AUGUUCAAAACUCUGCCAGAAAAGGCAGCUUUUAGAGCCUUACAGCUAACAUUACAGCUGAUGGCUCCUCUCCAUGACAUUGUGGCCUACCUCUGCAGUUUUGCUAAACUUGGAAACUGCCCCGCAUGCUUUGAACUUCCUCUAAGUCCUAACUCUUUAAGAGGUGAUUGGGGAGGAACUGAGGGCAUUGGGUCUGAACUUCAAGAGCUGCAGAAAAUGAUUGACAGCCUCCAGAGUCCCCAAGACCCCAAACAGGUGGCCCAGGCACUCCUUCUCCGGAGGGAGGUUUUGUUUCUGCAGUUUGACGCUGCAGUGAGGUAUCUCACUCGACGAACAUUUUUGGCAGCUGGAAAUGUUUCUGCCUAUCAGUCUGUCACAGACGGCAUGUACCAUGGAUUGCCACCAAUGAGCAGCUCUCUUGUGAAAAGCAUAUUUGCUUCACAGCUCGGCCUGCCCCAGCCACUGGAUCCACGAAGCCUCCAGGCAUUUGUGCUGUUCCCUUGGAGAGCAUUUCUGGAAGAUGGAGGACCAUUUCCAGUUUUGAGUAACAGCCCUGAUACAUUAGAAUAUAAUAUGCAGCUGUGUCUGUGUGAGCUGAAUGACCAUGACCGCAAGGUGGCUCAUGGAGAGCUGGUGGGCAUGCAACUGCUAAUGGAUGAUGUAAUUCUGAACAGCUAUCAUGUGAUCAUGGAAGGCGCCCCAGGACAGCAAGCCACACUGGACAGAAAUACACAGCCAGAGUCGCCCAAAAUGCUAGAAUUCAGAAGUCAGUUCCUAAGCAGCCCAAAGAUCUCUGAGCUGCGGGAGAGCUCGUGCAAUGCAAUAAUAUCCCUCGCUUUGCUGAGAUCCUUUCUGAUACUGUGGAAGCAGCUGGAAGUGCUGAAAGAGCACUGGGGCCGCCUCAAGCUGCGAGGCCAGGACAUCAAUACAGUUUCUCUCCACAAACAAUUCUCCGAGCUCUACGGAACGGACAUUCUCUACCCCAGCAUGAAAGCUAUAGCCAGGCAGAUGGGGAAAGAAGAUGAAUUUGAAGGACUUAUAAUAAAGAAUCAGUGUAUUCUUCCCCCCAAAGGAGCUUCAGAAAUUGAAAUAAAAACUCAGCAGCUUCAGAAACUUCUGGAAAAUCUUGAAAUUCUUAUGAUCCAAGAGGUAUUAAGGAAAGUUAACAGAGAAAUAACACUGGUUAUAUCAGAAAAAUCCAAGAAGGAGUACACCCUGCCUACAGAACUUUGGAAACACCAAGUCAUGAAGGAAAACUUUUCAGUCAUAAGACCACAAAUAGUUGAAAAUUUCAUACGGAGAUUAAUGGAGAAUCACCAAGAUAGUGAGGUAGAGAUCACUUUCAGGAAAGACCACCUCGAGGCCUGCCUCCUUUCCUUGGGUUGUGAUGUGAUGGCAAGAGAACGCAGCAACUUUGAGACAUACUCCAUGUGUUAUGAGCACGUAUUGCAGCAUGUGAGGCAGAGGCUCUGCCAGAAGGAGCAAGAGUUAGAUGUCAUACAAAGAGGUCAGAGGCCACCUGAAGAAAAUGCUGGUCAGGUUACUGCGCUCAGUCAUGAUAUGAUCAUGGAAAUCACUGCUCUGAGAGCCCGACUCACCGAUUUGGAAGAGGAGAAUCUGAAUCUCAAAAAGCAGAUUAGAAAAGAAGUCCAAGAAGAAUACGAAGCAUUAGUCCAAGCCUUGUUUGUGACCUGUUUGCACAUAAAAGAGAAGCUGGAUGAGAACCAGCUUAAUUUGAUCCAGAAAGUGUGUGAGCUCAUCAGUGAGGUGAGACAAGAAGGAAUUAACAAUAUGAAGGAUCUAAAGAAAAAAUGGGGCUCUUCCAGACCUGAGCAAGGAAUGAAAGAGAGCCCAGCCAAGGAGCAGCUGUGGGCUUUGGAGGAAGAAAACUGCAGCCUGGCUGGCCUGGUGUGCAAAGCCAGGAUCCUGGGCCGUUGGAGGCUGGCUGUGCAGCAGGCGCACUUCCGGGGCCAGCUGAGCAGGGCAGAGAAGGAAGCUAUUCAAAGUAAAAAAGAGUGUUUGAGCACCAAGUUAAUGGCAGAACAAGAAGUGGUUUUGUUUCGUCAGCAGCUGCUGGCUCUCAGGCAGGCCCUCGCCAGGGCUCAGGCUGACAAUGUGAGCCUGUGGAAACGCCAGGAGAACCAGGCUCGAUUGCUGAAGGAGUUAGAACACAGAGUGACCCAGGAGACGCUCAACCGGCAGCAGCUGGAUUUAAUGAAAACAUCCAACAUGGAGAAGCUCUUGGACGAGGUGGAGCAAAAAGAGCAGCAGCUGCAGCUCCUUACUGAAGAGGCUGAGAGGGCUUCCAGACUGGGCCAGUUUCAGCAGAAAAAAAAUGAGAGAGAAAUCCGACAGAUGAGAAGCCGGCUUGCCCAGGAGCGCAGUGUGAAGCUGGAUGCUUUCCAGCGUGUAGAAGAGCUAAGAAGUCAGCUUAUGGACACUGAGCAAUUUUCCAUCCAGAUGAGCUCACCAGGCGGACUUGUAUCUCGGGCUCACUACUCCCUAAGUUCUGCUUCCACAUCAUCCAGAUACUCCCAGAAACACUUUUUAAAGAUGAAUCUUACAGGCAGAAAAAUAACAAGAGGAACUCAACGGCCAAAGACUGUACCUACUAAACAUAAAAAAAGGAUCAACGAUGUUUUUCUACCCAAUGUGGCAGAAAAUAUUCAACUUGCAGCUUUUCAAGUUCAAACUGCUCCAUCCAAAAUCCCAUUCAGACCUGAUUGGUAA